CUGAUUUAGGAGCUAAGUUGCUUCCAAAAUUGCAUAGAGUACAGAAAUUAAAAACCGACGUUAUAGAAAAAAAUGUUUAGAAAAUCAUUAUUAUAAUUAAGAUAUAAUUGUGUUAAUCAUAUAAAUUUUCUAUUAAUUUUUUUAGAACUACACAGUAUUAAUAGAUUUUAAAUUCAGUAAUUCAAUAUCAAAGGAAAACAAUGUCACUAUUUAAUAAACCGAAGAGAAAUAUACGCCGACGGUCAUUCAAUGAGGAAUGUGAGGACAAUGAAAAUAGAGUGGAACCUGAAGAUGUCCAGACUAUUAAAGCAAGACCGAGGAAAAAAGAGAAGCCCAAACAAACGCUCCUGAGUUUUGGAGAGGAGCUAGAUGAAGCUGACGAUGGGGAGGUUUUUAAGGUGCGGAAGUCAUCGAGGAGCAAAAAACUGAUGAAACAACUUGAUCACGAAAGGAGAAAAAAGAAAGGUGAAGAGAAAAUGCAAGUGGACUCUGAGCAAGCGAACAUGUCGAUUAAGCGCGACAAAGAUUUAGAAAUAAAGACAGAUGAUCUAGUAGUUAAGAUAAAAAAUACUGGACCACUUAUUUUGAAUGGACGUGCUGCAUUAGUUGCUGGCAAAGAUGAUUAUUCUUCCGAUGAAGAAGAAUCUACGAGUCAUUCAUUUAGAAAAACUUCAUCAAAAGCUGAUCCUAUGAAACUCUUUUUAGAAAGUGGUUGUAUUCCUGAUGCUGCAAUGAUUCAUGCAGCAAGAAAGAAAAGACAAAAAGCAAGAGAAUUGGGCACUGAUUUCAUACCUAUUGAAGAAAUAACUGAGGAUAAAGGAAAGUCAAGAUUAAUUCGUGAAGAUGAUCAUGAUCGUAGUGAUGAUGAUGAAUCCCAAGACAGAAUAGAUAUGUCUAUUAAUACAGAAGCUCGUGAUAAGGAGAAAAGAAGAGAAGCCUUUCUAGCAUCACAAGUUCCAAUAAAACGUUCGUCUUUAAACGUUUUUAAUUACAGCUUAGAAUAUAGAUUAAAAAAUUCUAUAAAUCUUGCAGUGUCUGAUGACGAGAGCGAACACGGUAAUGAAGAAGAAGAGUGGGAGGCACAGCAAAUUCGAAAAGGAGUGACUGGCGCUCAAAUUGCAGCCGCACAGCAAGAUUCAAUUAUGCAACAACAGUACACAAUGGGCAUGAAUAGCGGGCAAUUAGUUGGAGGCACAGGAGUACCUUUAGAAAUGGUAUUAAUGCCAGCUCCACCACCACCACCCUGUAUUCAACCUCCAGAUCCAACUAAAAUAGUGGCGAUAUCGCCUCAAGAAAUAAUUGAAAAAAUGCGUACAAGAGUAUCGAGUUUAAUUCAGGUCCAUCGAAAGUACCAACAGGAUCACGUUCAAUUGGAAGAUGAGCUAAAGCAGACAUUGAAAGAAUUGGAUGAAGGAGGAUUGCGUGCACCUCAACUAGCUCAGCGCUUCAGAUAUUACCAAGAGUUACGUGGGUAUGUCACUGACUUGGUAGAGUGUCUUGAUGAGAAGCUGCCAAUGGUUAUUGGAUUGGAGAAACGAUGGCUUGAUUUAUAUGGAGAAAGAGCAUCAGAACUUAUGGAGCGACGACGUCAGGAUACUCGAGAUCAAGCUGAAGAAAUCUCUUCUGCAGCCAGAGGACAAACAGCACGUAGAGGACCAGAAGAUGAUGCUCGAGUUCGUCGAGCAACUGAACGAGAAGGAAGAAGAGCAAGGCGUAGAAGAGCUCGUGAACUUAUUUCUAAUAUUCCAAAACAUAUCGACGGCAUGUCUAGUGAUGAUGAAGUAACAGAGCAACAAAAUCUUGCCUUCAAACAGGCGAAAGAGGAAAUUGACGACGAAAGUAAAGAAGUCUUUUCUGAUGUUAUGGAUGAUUUUUGUACAAUCAGAGGAAUUUUAUCAAAACUUGAAUCAUGGAGAGAAACUGACAUGGAAGCUUAUACAGAGGCCUACGUUUCUUUAUGUAUCCCAAAAAUUAUUUCUCCUAUCGUACGAUUACACCUCAUUACGUGGAAUCCUUUAAUGGAAAGUACUGAUUUAGAACGUACUAAAUGGUAUAAUUCAUUAUUACUAUAUGCAUUAGAUCAAAAAGAAAGUGAAGAAUCGCUCAAAAGUGAUCCAGAUGUUAGAUUAAUACCUUUAGCCAUGGAAAAAGUUGUCAUUCCUAAACUUACCUUAAUCGUUGAAAAAAUAUGGGAUCCAAUGUCUACAUCUCAAACACUAAGACUUGUUGGAACUGUCCGUCGACUAGUGAUGGAUUAUCCAAAUCUUAAUGAAACUAGUAAACCAUUACAGUCACUUUUUAAUGCCAUUCUAGAUAAAAUUAAAUCUGCCGUUGAGAAUGAUGUGUUCAUACCCAUUUUUCCUAAACAAAUUUUAGAUCCAAAACAUAUAUUCUUUCAAAGACAAUUUACAAUGGCUGUAAAACUACUUCGAAAUUUACUGAGUUGGCAGGGUUUACUUGGAGAUGCACAAUUGAAAAAUCUAGCCCUUAGUUCUCUUCUUAAUCGUUAUCUACUGGCAGGCUUGAGAGUAUCACCUCCAAUAGAUGCUUUAAGCAAGGCCAAUGUCAUAAUGAGUACUUUACCUCGUGCAUGGCUUCAAGGAGGUACAAUAGAACACUUAAGAAUGUUUGCAACCCUUAUUCAGCAGCUCAGCGACCAAUUAGAUCAGGCUAAUCCAGCUCAUAAUGAAGCGUGGGAAUAUUCCAGAUCGAUUUUAAAAACAAUAAAACCACUAUAAGUAAUUUAUAGUUAUUAUUAAGUUUAUUCAAUAAAAAAAAUAAUAAAAUAGUAAUAAAAAAUAUAAUCAUGAAAUUAAAAAAAUAGUUUAAGUA